UCUUGUUUUCAUUCAAGCUGUACACGCCAUGGAAAUAAAUGUGGAGAAAGAAAGACAGACUGGAGAGACCAAGACUCUCUCUGCGUCCGCCAUCGGCCCAGAGGGGCCCUGCCAGAGAGGAGUCAAAGUCUGUGAUGACGGUGCCAAAGUAGUGUGUGAGGUGCACCCGGGAGGCGCCGUGGUAGAGAACGGAGUGCACCGAUUCAGUGCCAAGGAGGUAGAAGAGCUUAUUCAGAAGGCGGGACAGUCAAGUUUGAAAGCAGGGCGCAUGUCAGGAAGGACUGGGAGUGCAGACGGGAGCCACGGCCGCCCCAAGGAACACAUGCUCUGCAAAGAAGCCAAGCUAGAAAUGGUACAGAAGUCUAGGAAGGACCAGCCACCGGGGAACCCCGGGCAGCAGGCCCGGCCCCCCAGCACGGCGGGGCCAGAGGCAAACUUGGAUCAUCCAGUCACCAUGAUUUUCAUGGGAUACCAGAACAUCGAGGACGAAGAGGAAACAAAAAAGGUGCUGGGCUACGAUGAGACCAUCAGGGCGGAAUUAGUCCUCAUCGACGAAGACGAUGAGAAGUCCUUGAGAGAGAAGACAGUGACCGACGUGUCCACCAUCGACGGCAACGCGGCCGAGCUGGUGUCUGGAAGGCCCAUCUCAGACACCACAGAGCCCUCGUCCCCAGAAGGCAAGGAGGAGAGCCUGGCCACAGAGCCGGCCCCAGGAGUCGGGUGGGAGAGUGUGUUUCUGAAGGCAGAUGCAGCCGGCCUGAGUGUGACAGGGGCCUCCAGGGCAGCAGACAUGGCGGUCAAGAAACCGCCCCUGCUUUCUGACCAUGGCAUCUCACUGAAGAACCAGAGCGACAGUUGUGCCAACCCUGUGGAGCCCACUACCAACUCUCUCCCCCCAGGCCCCCAAAUCAUGGAAAUGGAGGUCUCCACUCCAGAGUGUCCAAGUAUUCCUGGAAUCACAUCAGCCUCACAUUCCGUGGACAGCUCCCCUCCUUGCUGCCCAGCCCCCCACAACGGCCUCCUUGCCGACCACCACGAGUCUCUGGAGAAUGACGUGGCCAGAGAGAUCCGCUAUCUAGACGAGGUGCUGGAGGCCAACUGCUGUGACUCUGCCGUGGACGGAACUUACAACGGCUCGUCAUCCCCCGAGCCUGGAGCGGCCUCCUCGGCUGGCAGCCCAAGCCCCCCGGCCCACGCGCCCCUCCCGUCAGAACCCACCGGAGGACCGGCGGGCGGGCAGAGCCCUCCUCGCCUUGAGCUCAGUCCAAGCAACCGUGAGGCGAUGGCGGAGGGAGGGCAGACAAAUGGGCGCUCCCCAGACCCGCCCAGGGGCACGUCAGGAGCCGGCCCGCGGGCGCCCGUGAGCCCCGGCUCCUCCGGCAGGUGCCCGUCCCGGGACGGGGAGCUCACGCUCACCACGCUGAAAAAGGAGGCCAAGUUCGAGCUGCGCGCUUUCCAGGAGGACAAGAAGCCGUCCAAGCUCUUCGAGGAUGACGAGAGCGGGAAAGAGCCCUGCUGUGUGCGGAAGGUGAGGCCGUCGGAGGAGAUGCAGGAGCUGGAGAAGGAGAGGAGGGAGCUCAUCCGCAGUCAGGCUGUGAAGAAGAAUCCCGGCAUCGCGGCCAAGUGGUGGAACCCGCCCCAGGAGAAGAGCAUCGAGGAGCAGCUGGGCGAGGAGCCCCUGGAGUCACACAGGAAGUACCAGGCGCGCAGAGAGAAGAGGGCGCAGCAGCAGCAGCAGCAGCAGCAGCAGCAGCAGCAGCAGCAGCAGCAGCAGCAGCAGCAGGUGCAGGCGCGGCAGCCCCCCGCGCCCGCUCCGGACCACCAAGGGGGCGCCGAACACGCAAAGGAUGUCCUCACGGAGCAGAUCGACUUCUCGGCUGCCCGCAAACAGUUCCAGCAGAUGGAGAGUGCCCGGCCGGCGGGGCCCAGGGGGCAGAGCGCCCCCCGGCUGUUCUCCGUCAAGCCCUUCUACAGGCCGCUGGGCUCCGUGGGCUCCGACAAGCCGCCGCCGCCGGCCACGAGACCGGCUCCCGCCGGGCCGCCUCCAGAAGACGGUGGGGUGGCAGUAGCCCAGGGGCACAAAAGCAGCUGUGCCUCAGAAAGCCAGUCCGCAGGAGCAGGCCAGGGCCCCGAGGCUCCCCAGGGGAGGGAAGGCCCCCACAGUGAGCCCCCCAAACGCGGGCCCCUGUCCAAACUGUGGGCGGAGGACGGAGAGUUCACCAGCGCCCGGGCUGUCCUCACCGUGGUCAAGGACGAAGACCCCGGGGUUCUGGAUCAGUUCUCAAAGUCGGUCAGCGUCGCCUUGACCCAAGAGGAGCUUGACUCUGGCCUGGAGGAGUUGUCUGUACGGUCGCAGGAUACCGCCGUCCUGGAGACUCUGUCCAACGAUUUCAGCAUGGACAACAUCAGUGACAGCGGAGCCUCCAAUGAAACGGCCAGCGCCCUGCAGGAAAGCUCCCUGGCGGAUUUCUCUCUGCCCCAGACCCCCCAGACGGACAACCCCUCCGAGGGCCGAGGAGGGGGCGGGGUCUCCAAGUCCUACAGCGACCACGGCUUCUAUUCCCCUUCCGCCCCGGGCGACUCGUCCUCAGUCGACGACCCCCUAGAAUAUCAGGCCGGUCUCCUGGUGCAGAAUGCCAUCCAGCAGGCCCUCGCCGAACAAGCGGACAGAGCCGUGAGCCACCCCAGCAGGGGCAGCGCAGAGCAGCCGGGGCCUGGAGCAGCAGCUGCCCAGGAAGACUCAGCUGGGGCUCCCGGAACAGAGAAAGCGCAGGGCACAUUUGAGCCACCUCAGGUGUCCUCCCCUGUUCCAGAGAAAAGGGACGUGUUACCAAAGAUGAUCCCCGCAGAAGACAGGGCACUCAGGGAAAGGGGCCCCGCCCAGCCACUGUCACCCAUGCAGCCCAGUGGACCGAUAGACAUGGAGGAGGCCAGACGGGAAGGGAGUUACUUCAGCAAGUACUCAGAAGCUGCUGAGCUGAGAAGCACAGCCUCACUCCUGGCCACCCAGGAGUCUGACGUGAUGGUCGGACCCUUCAAGCUGAGGUCCCGGAAGCAGCGGACUCUAUCCAUGAUCGAAGAAGAAAUCCGCGCGGCCCAGGAGAGGGAAGAGGAGCUGAAGAGACAGAGACGGGUCGUGCAGAGUACCCAGAGCUCCAGGGCCAAGAACGCCCUGUCGCUGCCCUCCCGGACUUCAUGCUACAAGACAGCCCCAGGGAAAAUAGAGAAAUUCAAAGCUCCUCCAUCCCCCACACCUGAAGGCCCCAGCUUGCAGCCUGACUUAGCCCCCGAAGAGGCUGCAGGACCGCAGCGGCCCAAGAAUCUGAUGCAGACCCUCAUGGAAGACUAUGAGACUCACAGAUCUAAAAGGCGCGAGAGAAUGGAUGAUGGCAGUUACACCUCUAAGCUACUGUCUUGCAAGGUGACUUCCGAGGUCCUUGAGGCCACACGGGUUAAUCGAAGGAAGAGCGAGCUGGCCUUGCGCUGGGAGGCGGGGAUCUAUGCCAACCAGGAGGAAGAAGAAGACAACAAAUAACAAACUCUCUCUUACCCAGGAAGUUUCUUUGGGUCUUGGGUCACCAAGAAGUCAAAAAACACAUGAAAGCAUUUUAAUGGGAUAUUUAUUAAAGUGCAAACAAACUCAGCAAUCCUUAGGUAGACCAGAAGCUGCAAUCAAUAUACAGUAAUGAGAAAAUAAAACGGACACAUCCAUCCAUCCAUCCAUCCAAUCCCAGCUCCCAGCAAUCCAAAGAGGAAGGAUUUCUCCUCGCUCAAAGAACGGCCUGGUUUGGGGCCAGUCCGCAACCCAUCCAAAGAACGCAGAGGUGACAAGCGAGUGGACGUGUUUGCUGCGGGCGGCCCUGAGCCAGCCUCUCUGGAUGAGGAGGAAGGCAGAGGUGACCGCGCCACUCACUGAGCAGUGGUGCCCAGCGGUGCUUCCCACCGGCUCCCGUCGCUCGGCUCCCAGCCCCAAGGGCGUUGUGGCGACUGCUUCCUCCCGCAGCUGUGCAGUGAAUGACUUCUCCCAAAGAGGCCACUUGGAUCCCGUUUCUCUUCCGUUCACCUGGUUUCUCUUUGGGAGCAGUUAGGGAUCGCAGUGUGUAAGAUUCAUAUUUUUCAGGUAAUGUGUCCUCAUGCGGCAGGCACAUACAGUCUAUUCUACAUCAGGAGGCUGGGAAAGAGGGAGAAAACCAAAUGGACUAUUUUAGCGUUAGGCUCUUGUCUGUUGAAAUACUGACUGACCUGCAGCUUUAUGAGGACAUUUUCACAGUUACGUUUCUUCAUACGAAAGCUAUAUUCAGUGGGCUUUAGCUAUUUUUAUGAUGGGAAGGGGGUGUACACACAGAGAACAGCUGCCCACACUGAGCAGCCUGGUUGCAGACGGUAGGUGUGUCUUUAGAGUGGCAAUAAUCGACGAAGCAGAUGCCGAGAAAUAGACAAAGGUGUUUGUAGCUAUAUUUUAUAUCAAAGAGUGGGCCUUAGAGUAGUGAGGAGAACAAUAGAGAGUUUGGAUUAUCCCGAC